UAGAGUGGAACCUUGCUACCUACAUACGACCAUUGAUUAUUUCACUGCCAAACAAACGGAACGAAUAGAUGCUAAAAAUUGUGGUCAGCCCGACGAUGAAAUCUAACGUACAGUUGAUUCGCUCGCUUAUACGAGAAGUUCGACGGACGUCGUCGGAACAGAACACGAAGAAUGAUAUCGUGGUGCAUUACAUUUUGGAACAAGCGCAAGCUCACAGAGAAACUUCCCAAACACUGUGUAAGGCGCGAGAGGAAUUAAAAAAUUCAGCGGAAACAUAUUUCUGUUAUUUGAAUUCCCAGCGAAUGUGCAAAGAAAUUCAAGCACGUUACACUGGUAAAGGUGAACGAAGUAUCAAGGAAACUGCUGAUCUCGUCGGAUUUAAAUUACCUCAUGAUCCGAAAUGAUCUCCGCAAACGCCGCUAUAAAAUUCAUAAUAACGAAUAAGAUGCGAUUUUAUUAAGCAUCGAGAUUGUAUAAAAAAGUAGAAAAAGUAUGAUGUAUGAAAUCAAGUAGAAAAUAAAGCUCCGU